CCAAAAAAAGGGACGAAUUCGAAGAAUCACUAAGCCAGUCAUUUCUAACAGUGGCAGGGGACGUUGCUUUUAUGCAAGUCCCAUAACUUUUACAGGAAUGGCCGAAUACAGUCAGACGGGUAUAUUAACGGCAUUGUUGCUGUUUACAGUCGUCACUCUGCGAGAUAUUUACCUUGGCAGGACCAUGACUCAACAGCUUGAGCAUCAGGCUUCGGAAAGCAUGGGGCCCGAGAGUUAUAUGGAUCAAGAUAUCCACACACAACGGCAUACCAAGCCGAAAUUCUACACAGGUCCAGUCCUGAAGUUCCAGUACUGUAUAUCCUGAGGUUACAGUAAGGUGUUCCAGGAGUACUCCCGGUCUAUUAGCCAGUUGUACCCGGACAUCCGAAUUGAAGGCGAGAACUACCCUCCCAAACCCAUCAAUAAAUAUAUUUCAAAUUUAAUCUCCUACUUCAAAUUGCUUGCCAUUGCCCUGAUUGUCACUGGACAAAAUCCUUUUCAAAUGCUUGGAGUGAACACACCAAGAGUUUGGUCCUGGGGCCAAGAAAAUAAGAUAUUCUCGUGUCUCAUGGCAUUCUUCCUCAGUAACAUGUUAGAAACCCAUUUCCUGUCUACAGGAGCAUUUGAAAUAACAUUAAAUGAUGUUCCAAUUUGGUCAAAACUGCAGUCAGGUUAUGUACCCAACAUUCAAGAGCUAUUCCACAUCCUAGACAACCACCUCAAGAUGAAUCAGGUCGACAAGCUAAAAUUCCCCUCACCAUAGUACUGUUGCACAAGCUGAGAGACAAGCCCCUGGGGCGGUUUCUUUGGUCAGUGGGACUGUGGACUGUGGCGUAAUGAAGGCCUGCACUGCAAACAGCCCGCUGUGUGUGCAGACUGGAUACUCGUGCCACCACACACACUUCCCCUGCCCCGUGACGCACUCCUACAGGUCGGCUACAUCUCUGCUGGGCAGCAUGCUGUCUCCACUGCAUCCACUUUAGGAGACUCACCUGCAAGAUGGGCACAUUGAAUUUGGUUUUAAAUGACAAAGGUGAAGAUUUGCGCAGAAGAGAGGUGAAUUGACCAAAAAUGUGGUCAAUGGAUUGUGUUAAAUUCUAGAUCCAAAUGUUCUCUUACUUAACUGUGAUUGAAUUUUUUUUUAUCUUCUUUUUUUUUCAUUUUAUCUGAAAGUCUUUGAAUGACCAUGUAAUUGUUGGUUUGCACUGCUGUAGCAAUGUACUGUAUUUGGGAUAUCUCCAGCUGUUUUCAGCGUAGCUGAAAUGAUUGUGUUCUGCUGAAAUGUGCAGUUUGUUUAGAUCACAUUCUGUUUUAGGUGAAGUGCUCAGAGGUGUAAUUUCAUGUCUUUAUAAUAUAGCUAAAGUUUAACUUGGAAAAUGUUGUGCUCUUGAAUGGGGAAAUAUUGUAUUAUUUGGAUCUACAACCUCAUACUUAUCAGUUAUAUUCGAAAUAAUCUAGUCUUGAGUCCAGCUGGCUAUUUAGAAUAAUUGUGGAAGCAACCACUGUCUUGAAACACUGCAUUAAGCAGAUAGUUGGGAAUGGUACUUGUAUUUCCAAACACUCCUUCAAUUUUUACAUCUCUCUCCUUGUAGAUGUGGGAAAAAAGCAGUCUUCUGUUUUAGUCUAAUUGUUGGGAAUUUGUAAUAACAUUUUAUUGGGAUUCAGCUUGGGGGAACAUGGUGGAACUUUUACAUUUGUUUCAGAGUGAUGUAAAAAUAAAGAAUCAAGUAGACAAAUGUAUUCACUUUCCCCUUGCCACUACAUAGAGAUAAGAAAACAUGACUAAAAUUGAUCUCCUGCUUCUUUUGUAGAAACUUUAUAGGCUUAAAACAUUUAUUAAGGAAUAAAGCAUUUUGGUAGUGUGGAAACAACAAAGGCUAAACUAUCAGGCUGCCUUAGUGCAUACUGCACAGUGUAUAGGACAUCUCUGCAUGUAACAGAUUUUUGUUUUAUUUUUUGACAGUGAAAAUGCAAAUUACAGUUUUCACCACUGUUUCACUGCCAAAAUAUCCUAUUUUGUGAUUUGUUUAUAUUAAUGAAAGUUAUAUUAGUCUUGCAUUGUUAAAUGUUACAUUGCUACAAGUUCUUAUAAUACAAUGGUUAUAGUGAUAACCGUAUUCGUCUGUCGGGUAAACAUUACAAAGAAAA